GAGGGGCGUCCGCGAUUGUUCUCAGCACCCCUCCCCCACCCCGCCCCGUGUGUCUGUUUGUCACUUGCAGCUGAAGAUGGAGCGAGCCAGGCGGAGGGGAGGCGGCGGCGGCGGGCGCGGGCGCGGAGGCAAGACCGUGGGGGGCUUCGGCCUGGGCAAGAGCCGGCUGUAUCCCCAGGCCCAGCACGCCCACUACCCCAACUACGCGGCCUUGGCCACGGCCAACCAGGCGGGGGGCGCGGCGGAAAUCCAGGAGCUGGCCUCCAAGCGCGUGGACAUCCAGAAGAAGAGGUUCUACCUGGACGUGAAGCAGAGCUCCCGCGGCCGGUUCCUGAAGAUAGCCGAGGUGUGGGUGGGCAGAGGCCGGCAGGACAAUGUCAGGAAGAGCAAGCUGACCCUCUCCCUGUCGGUGGCGGCGGAGCUGAAGGACUGUCUGGGCGACUUCAUCGAGCAUUACGCCCACCUGGGCCUGAGGGGCCACCGGCCCGAGCCGGGCCACGGCAGAGAGCAGGGCGCCCGGAGGAGAGCCAGGCGCGCGGCGCCCUCCCCGCCGGCCUCCGUGGGGUCCGAGGAGCACCCCCACAGCGUCCUCAAAACGGACUACAUCGAGCGGGACAACAGGAAAUAUUACCUCGACCUGAAGGAAAACCAGCGGGGGCGCUUCCUGCGGAUCCGGCAGACGGUGCUGCGGGGCGCCGGCGUGAUCGGGUACUUUGGCCACGGUCUGGGCCAGGAACAGACGAUCGUCCUGCCGGCGCAGGGGAUGAUCGAGUUUCGCGAUGCCUUGGUUCAGCUCAUCGAAGACUACGGCGAAGGGGACCUCGAGGAGCGGAGGUGUGGGGACGACGACCCGCUGGAGCUCCCCGAGGGGACUUCUUUCAGAGUGGACAAUAAAAGGUUCUACUUUGAUGUGGGCUCUAAUAAAUAUGGCAUUUUCCUGAAGCUCACAAAUUACCCUAAAUCCAGAGCGAAUAUCAACCCUUUUCACUGUUGUCAAAUCCAGCAUAAGGAACAGCCCUAUGACACUACAAAAACAGUUGAGGAAUAAGGAAUGUCUCUUAUGUUACACUUCGGAAUAAAGGCUUUGCGUGAAAGAAAUGAACCGAAGCUCAUCGAGGGUGCAAGGCUUCUGCUUGACAUUCCUCCACGGAAGGGAAGACAAGUGUCAACGCCACUGGCAUCCAUUUCAAACUGAUCUUAUGGGGAAUAUCUUCCACCACACUGGAGUACUUCUUGACUCUAUCAGGGCUUUUUGUUUGUUUUGUUUUUUUAAUUUAUCAAGUUUUUCAGUUUUCACAAAACUGUUUGUCAGCAUUGAGGUAGAGAGACAUAAAUUUGAAAAUACUUUCUAAAGAGAUCAUGUAACUAAAUAACUCUGAAUUUAAAAAUUGAGGAGGAGUGAUCAUUUCAGUCCACUGCCUCGCACAAGAAACAUGUUUCUAAAUCUGUAACUGCUUUAGUGUUAACAGGGUACAAAGUGUUUUUUGUCCUGUAUUGUACUUAAAAGGUUCUCAUUGAUUGGUGAUUGUAUCGUACUGUAUGAAAACGAAUCAUAAAUUGCCUUGUAUUGUUUCUAAUGGACCAUACCACGUACUUCUUCUGUUUCCAUGUUCCAAGUUUUUCAGUGAUGCAUGUUAACAGUUAGGUCCUAAAAUUCUGUGGUGCUAAUUCUUCCAUAUCCAAUGGUGCUUUUGUGGAUGCUAACUGCACACAUGCUGAACAAAGCUUGAAGUUUAAAACUUUCUUCCCUUCCUGUUUAUAUGAAGUAAAAUAACUUGAAUAUGUCUCAAAGUAUCACUGACAAUCUAAUAAACUGGUUUAUAUGUGUGUACUAUUA